ACUUAAAAGGCCAUUUUUGGGGCUCUUCAGAAAAUCCUCUCGCUUUUCAGUGGGUGGUCGUCCUUUUGUGCUGUGUCAGUGUGUUAAAUCCAGUUGUUGUCGCUCUUCAGAUUUGUUCUCUAUUGAUUCCUCUGCACCCAGUAACGCAAAUUAAAAUGAACCUUAACCCCGUUGUAAAAUUUGUUUCAAGAGUAGCGUUUCCAAACCAACACAUUAUUGACAUUUGUUAUCAUUUUGCUGGCAAAUACAUGCCACUUUUCAAACGGAGAAAAAAGAACAAGUUGUUUUGGUAUUAAAUUUCACUAGUUUCCAUUUCUUGGCGCUCGUAUACUUUAAAGACUUCCCGUGAAAUUUGAUAUGAUGUUUCGCCCGGAGUGAUUGAAGAAAUUUUAACUGGGCCGUACAGUCUUAAAACACGAUCCCGGGUCAAGCGGACUAUAAAACUGUCUAUUUUCCACACUGCUUCGGCUCGCGAGUGUUUGUUUGAAAACUGCUUAAACAGUCGCGUUUUCGUGACAAGCCACAUGGAAAUGAUGAUUUAAAGAUCAAACUUUACAGCUCUUGAAAACAAAAUCGAUAACAAAAACGUUCUUUCUUGGACUGUUUUUCCUUGUUAUUUUCUUUACCACUGUGUUUUUUUUUGGGUCUGCCAAUUACAAAUCUGAAUCCCCAUUUUCUACCAUUCCUUCAAGAUUAGGAUCAUCUACCCCAAGAAAUAAGUAACCACUAUUUUCUCCUCAUAAAGUUGGUCAAAUUUAAAUGAUUAUUCUGGUUUAAAGGGGCGAUAAUUUUACCCAGGAUUUUUGUUUACUUCGCAGUUAUUAUUCCGUGUACAAAGCAUCCUGUUUGGUUGCGUCAUGUCCGCUGGGUGUGUUUUUCUAUUCCCUGGUUUUCUGCUGGUUUUUCCGAGAAAAUUUUGCUUGUUAUAGACACUCCGCAUUCGAAUCACGUGGCUUAAUUAGUGUGCACAGACCCAGUUUGAUGCAAGACGCUGGAUAAGUUUCGUUGUCGUUACAUGAAACUAAAAGCGAAACAUUCAACGAAUGGGCGCGAACUAGUCUUUCAUAUUUCGUUUCAGCUCAGCUCUCUUGUUACGGUAAAGUCUUAGGAAGAAAUCAAUUUGAAAACAAUGCAUGGCAGUUCUACAAACCGUAGAAGUGUUGGCACUCGGUGGAAUUGUUGGAAACAUUGCAUUGUCCCGUCAUAAUUGAAGAAAUAGAAAAACGAAACAUCAAUCUUGACUAAGACCGCUAUCUCGGAAAAAUCUUACGGUAGGAAAGUUAGAAAAACUGAUGAAAGCUGGGCGAAUUCAUAUCAAAGGGUAGAGGAAACCUUAAAGCUGCAAAGAUCUUCAAUGUUAUUCUGAAAUUUAAAUGAAAAAGGAGCUGACAUGAUGAGGAAAGACAGAGUAAUUUAAUGGAGACAAUUGAGUGCCAUUUUUGCUGCUGCAUUUAGCUAAACGUUGUCCACCAUUGGUUCUCGACCGCUUUUUCCGAUUUAGUGAUUUUUUUUUUCGUAACAUAAGUCGCGGAGUCCUCUUUUAAACAAACUAAAUGACAAGAUUUCAAAGUGAACUGAAAGAAAAUACUUCUCCUUCUCACGACAACCAAGUCAGUUUUCAGACUUUUCAUGACAGUUAAGUGUUGUCGCCAAGUCCUUUCUGUGGUUCAUAUUUUUGUAUUUUAACACUAAAUUACAGUAGCAAGAUCUCUAGUUGUGGUUAUAAAACAUAACAUUUUGCUGAAAAGAUGACAGGGUAGGAAGUCCUCUUUCGCUCUCUCUGCUGGGUAUCGUUACCUCCAAUACUGAAACACUUGUUUGGCUCAGUUGCUGAAGGAAGUUGACUUUUUUUACGAGGCAGGAACUCAUUACUCUAUCUCUCGACAACUGGCUGCUGUAUUGGCCCCACAAAUUAAAGCACUCCGGUUUCAAUUUGUUUAUAUUUUGCCUGAUAGCUCACAAUUCGCUCUUUCACUAAUGUAGUUUUUCCUUAUUUUUUUUUCUGGUCACAAGACUCAACUAACAAACUAAAAGGUUUCAGCAUUCAAGACUGGGUUGGGUUUGAACGGUUUGAGAAAAUUCUUUGGUUUGGGUGGCAUGUUGGUGAUUUCUAAGGACUCUUGUAAGCAUUUCCAAACCUAUCUCAAUGACUGUGAAUGAUCGGCGUCCACUUGUUCCUCGUUCGCUGACCUACACUUGCACCAAGUCAGAUUUUCAACUUCCUGUCACAUUACAAAAUCUGCUCCAUGCACACAUGUGGAGACGCGCCCGCCCUGGAUAAUGUUUUUCCCACGUGUCCGUGUGUGAUAUUAAUGUGUCCUGAAAAAAAUCACGAUGAAAAGCAAAAGACAAUUUACCGGCGGUAUAUCUAAUGCACGUGACAGCAGUGAUUGCAGUAACAGUCACGCAACAGCUCGACUGGUAGAAUAUUUCUCAAACACGAAAAUUGGGUUUUACUAAUAAAGAAAGCGAAAAUGCGUGCAGUUUAUUUCUUUAUACAAAAGAAAAAGCCUAAAUAACCCAGAUUUUGAGAAUCGAGUUAAAAGAUUCCUUUAAAGAUCAUAUUUUAUUCAUGUUGACCUGCCGCGCUUGAGAGAUCAAUACAGGAAGACAUUCUCUCGGUUCGCUGGGCAACCAGCAGUCGUGCGUUAGCAACCUUUACUUCACUCUUAAAACUCACUUGCACAUGUCGUGCUUGUUUGGAAGCACGAAAAAUGAAGGAUCAUACCAAUAAUGGAGAUUGCGACCUGGACGCCUUCAGGGACAUCAAGCCAUUCCAGCUUCCCAAGUCUAAAGACUGUGAUAGAUACAGCGACUUACCAACCAAUGGCUUCUUGAACUGGGCCGCGUGUUCACAGCCUCCGCGUUACGCUGAAAUGCCGCCGCCACUCCAACGCAUAAUGCCAAGCAUCACGGAGGAAGUAGUGUUUUUUAACGUUCAAAAGUGCUACGAGAAAGUGCAAUGCCGAAAGAACAAGAAAUCGAAACAGCGUGUACAUGGCGCUACAAUAAACUUGAGAGUCGCGACCGAUGCCCCUAUAUCUAAAGUAGAGGUGUAUGUGGAGAGGCUGCCAAAGGCUGCUGUACUCUGCGGCGAUAACAACGGAAGGGUUCCACUCAAGCUCAAGAUGGAAAACCUCAUGUAUUCUGAUAAUUAUCAAAGACAGGACCAAUACUUCUCGGUUGACCUGGACUCUGUGUACCACAACCCUCUGACUGGCUCUCCAGUCUACAAGCUGUCCACAGUGGAUUCAGAGAGACGCAACCGCUUUUGGCUUCUAGCUUAUAUUGUGUAUGCCAAUGGACGUAAAAGUCAGCCGUUCUAUAGUGAACCAUUUCUACUCAAAAGCAAAAGAAGCUGUAGAGUUUCCCCGUAUUAAGGAACAUUUUUCCCCUGACCAAGAUUAAAACUAACUUCUGUGAAGUGUUCAUGAGGGAAGGUCGAAAGAGACAAGUUGUGUUACGCGGUAAAGACUGCCUGAAUCCUUCCCUAAGCGUAGACCGUAUGGGUCAUGUUAACGUAAAGGCAAUUUUUCUUAUAAUCUAGUUUAUGUUUCGUUAAAUAUACAGCGAUUUACUUAACCCGUGAAAUAGUAUCUAGGUUGUAUUGUCUUAACUGUUUUGCUCCAAUUUUCAGUUUACUAUUGUAACUGUAAUAUAAGCUGAACAGAAAAUUUUCUUUUAACUCGGGCACACUAUAGAACUAAGAAAAGAUUGUAAAUGUAUAUGCUUUGUUCAAAGAUCAUUUUGUAAAAAUUAAGUUCAAAAAAGGUUUUGACUUUUCGAAAAGGUUAAAAGAGAUUUAUUAAUGAAAUGCUUGAGUCAAAUGCGCGAUCCGCAAUGGUCGAAGACCAUUUAUCAUACGUGUUCUUAAACUUUCACUACUUUUGCUUUCAAAGUAAAGCAGCAAAGUACAAUUGCGUGUCAAUACUGAAACAUCGCUCAGCUUCAAUAAAAAGCAGCCUGAAACUCCA